AUGUCAACUCGUAAGAGCAAUUGUGCUAAUACUUUAACAAACUAUUUUAAUAAAAAAAUAAAAACAACCCAUGACGGAAAUGAAGUCUGUACUUCAAGUCCAGUAUUGACUGCAAUCACACCAGGUACAACAGAAAAAUCUAAGAGUGAUGUAGCUGAUAUUGGUUGCUGUUUUGAUCAAAAGGUUAGUGAUGAAUUAAAAUAUAAGUUACUUUCUAAUGUUUGGAUUCCUGAUGAAAAGUUUAAAUUUCCUAUAUCAGGAAAUAGAAAGUUAAAAUUUCAAUUAAAUUGGAUUAAUCGAUUCCCUUGGUUAUGUUACACUAAUAUGCAAGGUUCUGGAGCGGUGUGCAAAUAUUGUGCUAUAUUUUAUCAUAACUUUACCGGUAAAGGUGCACAUCAAAAACCCGGCGUAUUAGUAACAAAACCAUUCAAUAAAUGGAAAAAUGCAAUUGAAAUUUUUAGCACGCAUAAGGACACAGAGUAUCAUAAAAACAACGUUUUUUUUGCUGAAAAUUUUAUUUCCAUAUAUUGCAACAAACAGUUAGAUAUUUGUCAAAAAAUUGAUUCGGCACUUAUUCAAACAAUAAUUUUGUGUGGUCGUCAAGAAUUGGCUCUUCGUGGUACAUCUGAUUCUGGACCACUCACUUUAAAUGAGCCAGUUCACAAUGAUGGUAAUUUUAGAGCUCUUCUGCGAAUGCGAAUGAACUGCGGUGAUAAAAUGAUGACUGAUUUGGAUAGAAUCAAUAGGGCAAAAUCAUUUUCAAUUUUAGUAGACGAGACGACUGAUAUAUCGCGAAUUGAACAAAUGUCACUUUGUAUUCGAUAUAUCGAUGAAGAUCCUGAACAUCAAUUCAUUUUACGUGAAGAUUUUUUAAAAUUCGUGUCGGUAGAAAAUACGACUGGUAAAAAUUUAGCCAAUAUCAUUUUAGAUAGUAUUAAAUCUCUUGGAAUAAAUCCGAAGUAUAUGGUAGGACAAGGAUACGACGGGGCGGCUGCAAUGAGCGGAAAUUUCAAAGGAGUGCAAGCAAUUAUUCGAAAAGAAUAUCCGGCCGCGCUUUACGUACACUGUAGUGCUCAUUCUUUAAAUUUGGCUCUCUCUCAUUCCUGUAGUAUUCAACAUAUUCGUAACUGUAUUGGUACCAUAAAAUCGGUAGGAAAUUUCAUUAAAGGUUCAGCAAUGCGAACCGAAAUUUUAAAAAAAUACAUUAAAGAACAAUUUCCUGAAUCUAAGUGGACCAAACUUACAUCAAUGUGCGAGACACGUUGGGUAGAAAAUCAUGACGGACUAAUAAGAUUUACAGAAAUUUAUGGGGCAAUUGUUAAUACAUUGGAAGAAUUACAGUUCACUCGUGAUAUUGAAACGUCAUCAAAAGCAUUACAAUUUGGAAAAACUAUUAUAACCAGUGAUUUUGUAAUAAGUAUGGUCUCAGCAUCUAUACUUUUUUCCUUAACAUUGCCACUGUGUAAGAAUUUACAGUCUGUAAAUUGUGAUUUAACCGAAGCAAUGGCGUAUGUUGAUAUUGUACUACACGAAAUAAAUGAUAUGCGAAGUAAUAUGGAUAAUACAUUUUCCAAUAUUUUUAAAAAAGCUGAGGCUCUUAUAAAAUCAAUUGAUGACGAAGAAUGUAUAAGAAUACCUAGAAUUGUUGGACAUCAAAAAAAUCGAAGUAAUAUUGUCGUGAAUUCACCUGAAGAAUACUACCGUAUUACAAUAGCUAUUCCUUUUUUUGACGACUUCAUUGAACAGCUUCAAACAAGGUUCAAUAAUCAUAAAAAAAUAAUUUCUUCAUUGCACAAGUUAUUACCAAAAACAUGCGAUAAAUUUGAAAUUGAUUUAAAUGAUUUUGAAAUAUAUUCAGAAUUUCUGGAUUUAAAAGUACUGCCACAAGAAAUUAAACUGUGGAAAAGAAAAUGGACUGACGAACUAGAUGUAGACCGUCCAAAUUCGGCUAUCGAAGCGUACAUUAAAUGUAAUUAUGAAUAUUUUCCAAAUGUAUCUUUUCUUUUGAAAAUAUUAGCUACAUUACCAGUUUCGACUUCUACACCAGAGCGCUCAUUUUCUACUAUGAAAAGGCUAAAAAACUUUUUACGAAAUUCAUUUGGUCAAGAACGUCUUACAGGUCUAGCACUUUUGAGUGUGCAUAGACAAAUUAAAAUAAAUCCAGACGAUGUGAUCGACAGUUUUGCAAAAAGAAAAAAAAAGACUGAUAGACUUUGUGCUAUAAAAAUUAUACUUCAAAAGGUAAAUUUUGUAAAAUAA